AUGAAGAAGGGCCUGAAAUGUGGGAUGAUGAUAAACCAGUAGGUAAAAUUGGAGCAAAAAAACUAAGAAAAUUGGAAAUGAAAGCAGAGAAUCGUGAAAUAAGAAAGACAGAACUUGAAGAAAGAGAGGAAAGGAAGAAAAAAGACAUGUUAUUAGCUGCAGAAAAAAAAAAAGAAGAAGAACUUCGUAUUCAAGCUGAGGCAGAGUUGGCUGAAAAAGAGCGUUUAAAAAAAGAGGAACAAGAAAGAAAAGAUUAUGAGGAAUAUUUAAAACUGAAAACAGAGUUUACAGUUGAAGAAAGUGGAAAUGUUGGUAUACUAAGUGAAGAAGAGUCUCAAUCAUUGUUGCAGGAGUUUAUUGAUUUUAUUAAGAACUCUAAAGUUGUUUUGCUGGAAGAUGUAGCGUCACACUUUGGCUUAAAAACGCAAGAAGUUAUAGAUCGUCUUGAAAACUUGCAAGAAAUGGGAAGAAUUACUGGUGUUAUGGAUGACCGUGGAAAAUUUGUCUAUAUUUCGGAGGAGGAACUUAAAAAUUUUGCAAAGUUCAUAAAACAACGUGGUCGUAUAUCAAUAGCCGAACUUGCUGAAUCAAGUAAUUCUUUAAUAAAACUGGAUGAGGCAAAUAGAAAAAAUGUACUUAUUGAGGCACCAGCUUAGUUUUGUUUUAUUUUUAUUUAUUUUUUUUGUUCUUCAUCUUUUGUUCUUUUAUCUUUCGACAUAUAGACAGAACAAUGAAAUUAUUUAAUAGAAAAUAUGAAAUAUUUAUAA